CACAGCAUUAAAUUUGCAGGCUAUAGCUCUUACCAAGUGGAAAACUGGUGACAGCAACAAAGAAGUAUCUGGCUUUUAACCUGUGCGUUAGUGUGAACGGACAGCUGCUCGCUAGCUAGCGUUAUUAUAGUUAGCCUUCAGCACGCAGUGGUGUAGCUAGCAACCUAGCUGAAUUAUCUAGGAUCACAACGCAGGUACUUUCAUAAUUCAGUGGCUAAUGUCUGCUGGUUAUAUUUGUAGUUUUCUUACUAUUAGCCAAUAUUGUGUAGGAUUUGACAACCCACCUCGUUCUAUUUCUGACCAGCAGAUGUGAUUGUAGCCACAAUAACUGAUAUUCUGUCUGUUUUCAAUAUGGGUUAAGAUGCCAUGAUUGGUUUCAUGAAGAGCGUGUAUCGUCUGACUGCAACUGUGUUUUUUUUUGUGUUUUUUUUGGUUGCAAUUUAGUAAGCUAGUUGGUCCGCUGUCAAGUGGGGUAGCUUGCUAGCAAUUGAGUGUUAUAUCCGGCUAGCAUAGGCUACUCAGUGGCUAUUUAGAAAAUAUGUUAGCCAGCUGGUUGGUUGGCUUUUUUUUACUGGUUUCUUACCACUUCUGCGUAUCUGAAUUAACGUUGAGAAUUUGCAUGAGCAGCACAUUUGGUUAAAUGUUAUUAGUCAGAUGGUGGUCAGAUUACAUCGCUUGCUCGUUUGAGCUGAUUAAAUGGUGAGCUACAUUCGAGUGACACGUUGCCAUUCGAUGGAAAGAUAUUGUUCAGUACAAUUAUCUUUCCAGAAAACAAGAUGCCCUGUUUCAAAAUAUCCUAGAGAUUCUUACUCGGGGGAAAUGCUUUGCCAAAGAUUUGACAGCAUAGGGUGGAUACAUCCCCUUUUAAGUUGGGUCUCGCUCAUGUCGCAUUCUGGAUAGUUUGGGUUCCAGUAAUAAUGAGUUCAUAUAUGCAAUUCUUGUGGCACUUUUUUGCAUAAUAAAAUACAUUUGUAUACGAAUGAAGGCAUUGUCAAAUAUCAGAAAGAAUUACAUUGCAAUUUACAUGAAUUGUUCGGGUGGAUGAUAUAUAUUUGGCUGAAUACAAAUAAAUGAUUGUGCUGUUUUCACAUAGUUAGCUUGCAUGUUCAAGCACUGAAGAUUGAUUUGAUGUUUUAUGCUUCGAUUUCAGUUGAUUUUGUAGUCUGCGACUUGGAUAGUUAGUGACAUAGCUUUUAUCAUCUUGUAAUUUGAAUGUGCAAUGUGUCAAGAUGGGUUAUGAUGCAUUAAUUUUAGACGAACUGUGUUUCUCUUGGAUGCUAUGCGUACAACAUUCUUUCUCAUAUCGCAAUUAAUUUCCUUGGAAUCCUGUCGCACGAACUCCAUCUAGAGGGGUCGGCAAGGUAACAAAGGGAUGACGUCAUGCUUUUAUAUCCGGCUGCCUGACCUCGAGUCCGGAAUCCUUACCUCUUCUACCAGUAGUUGAAUUUCCGAUUGGCUAAAACAUGCCGGUUGCGGCUCUCUGUGUGAUCAUAAGCCUAUCGCCAAGACCCAAUGUGCGACUUCCGGGUUGAUGUCAGAUUUGUGGGUUGAGUUUGUAGGCUAUGGGAGGAGGAAAGACUCCUAAGUGUGCCUAAACCAGGGCAGAUCUGGUCUGCGGUUAUUUUGAGGGCUGGAUGUCUGUUGUGGCUGCGAUCGGAGGAAUUUGGAAUAAUGCAUUUUGUAGAGUGACGAGGAGCAGAUGCCCCAUGUUGCAUUAGUGCCUGUGUGAAAUGCUGGCCUGUCUGCCAGGACCAGGUGACCUGUCCUUCCAGCUUCUCUCCCACACGCAGAUGAACACUGGACUUCAGAAAUGGGACACUACGCAGAAGAUGAGAUCCGCACAGUACCCUACCCCAGCGGAGUUGGAUGCCUAUGCUAAGAAGGUCGCCAACAGCCCACUGACUAUAAAAAUCUUCCCGAACAGCGUCAAGGUUCCCCAGCGGAACCACGUGCGCCGCACCGUGAACGGGCUGGACACCUCGGGCCAGCGCUACAGCCCCUACCCCCCGCAGGCCAGCUCCAAGGCCGGCCUGCUCGCCGUCGUCAAGGUCCCCGCCAAGGGCGUCCUCAAGGACUUCGACGGCAGCCGGGCGCGCCUGCUCCCGGAGAUCGUCAUGAACCCGUCCGCCGGGCCCUACGCCGCGGCGAGCACUUUAAACGUCCCCCAGACUGUCCCCCACCCCCAGGGGCUCCAGCGGCCCCAGGCCUUACCCCACCCGCACCCGCACCCGCACCCGCAGCAGCAGCAGCAGCAGCAGCAGCAGCAGCCGCCGCCCCCCCACCAGGGCAUGCGACACCCUCCAGGCAUGACCCAGCCCCCCGGGCUGCAGCAGCAACCCCCCCACCAGGGCCUGGCCAGGACCCAGCCUCUCCCCCACCCCCCCAGCCUGGCCCACCUGCCGCCCAACGUCCUGCUGCAGCAGCAGCAGCAGCAGCAGCAGCAGCAGCCGCCGCCGGGCCUGCUGGGGAACAGGAAGAUGGCGGACGGAGACGUCCCGCCGAACGUUACCGUGUCUACCUCAACCAUUCCGCUCUCCAUGGCCGCCAGCCUGCACCAAAACCGGCCCAACCUGAGCAGGAUCGUGCACCAGAUCAACCAGUUCUGCCAGGCGGGGGCCCGAAUCAGCACUACCUCUGUGUGCGAGGGGCAGAUCGCCAACCCCAGCCCCAUCAGCCGCAACCUGCUCAUCAACGCCAGCUCCCGGGUGUCCAUGCACCACCCGGCCCCCGGCCUCCUGCCUUCCUGCGCCCACGGGUGCCCCGGCGUCGCCGACCCGGCCGCCGUCGUCGCCCCGGGCCACGCCCCGCCGGGCGCCGUCCCGCACCCCAACAUGAUCGCCGUCAACCACAUGCCCGUCUACCACGCCGACCUGAAGCAGCAGCAGCAGCAGCAGCAGCAGCAGAUCCGCUCCUGGAACCAGCACCAACUCGCCCACCUGCAGCAGCAGAUCUCGGAGGGGGGCCACCCCUGCAAGCACCCCCUGCGGGAGCCCCCGGGCGGGCCCGCCUUCCCCUGCAAGGGCGUGAGCUACCUGCCGGAGCUGUGCGUGGGCCAGCCCUACAGCCUGAAGCCCCCCGUGGACAAGCCCACGCCCUCACCGCCCGUCAACGGGAUGCCGGGCGCCAUGACCUACACCAACGGGCACUACUUUCAGCCGGUGUGGGGCAGCAUCCUGCCCACGCCCAACAGUGACAGCUCGGGGUCUCAGGACCUGGCCAUGCCAUUCCACGGGGGCCCGUCGGGGCCCUCCAUAGACUGCGCCCCAGGGACGCAGUACAGGGCCGGCGCCGGGUCCUCCGGCCAGACUAAUCUGAUGCAAACCAUGGAUUACUUGGGCGGGGACUUCCAGCCGCCCUGCUACCGAGAUCAGAAUCUGGGCAUGGGGAAGAUGCACAGGCCGCCCAUGGGCAGAGUCCCAGAGCCGGGCGACACUAGAAAUACUCAAAUUCAGCACCCAGGGUACAGAUAAGCUACGGCCUUGUCUACAACAGUCACGGAUCUCUUUUAGUCUUAAAAAAUUAAAGGAAUUAAAUUAAUAAAUUAAGUAAAUGACUGCUAACUUAAAAAAAAAAAAAAAGAAUAUAUUUAAUAAGAAGCAGUGUUUUUGUUGUCAGAUCUUCUUGCAAGUGAUCAAUUAGCCUUUUCAGAAUAAUGACUUUUCUAAUCGCUGUCUUGUAUCUUUCUUUAAAAAAUUUCAGAAUUGUUGUCAUUCCCUCUGUAGUUUACCUGCCCAUUUGUGUGCCUGGUUCUUUGCGUAUUUUUGAAUUGUAUGUACUUUGUUGUCUUUCAGACCUUUUUUUUUUCAUGUUUUUAAGAGCAAUAGAUUUACUCUGGAAAUGAAGUAGUCCCUUAUGGAUGCAACAAAAAAAAAAGAAAAAAAAGGUCCAGUAAGAAUGCUGGACUUGCCGGUCCAGUGCUGGGUGUUCUCUGCUUUCACCAGUUAUACUAAUUUGCUGAUUUGCUGACUGUUUUGAAGUUUUCUCUCCGAACCAUUGUGACGUUUAGAUUUGAGAGAAGCUUAAGAACAUUUUCCUCUCAAAUCUCUUUAGAAAAGAAAGAAAAAACGAAACAAAUUAAGCAGAUCAUAUUCAAAUGUAUGUGUAAAAACGUCUGUAGACACUACUGAAACAGGAAAGGAAGUGACUAUUGUGUGCAUAUGUACAAAGAGGCUGUUGAAAGUUUUUUUUUUUUUUUGUUCUUUUUCUUUUAUGAUUAAUUUAUGAAACGCGGGAUUGUUUUGAAUGAAUCUCGUCAAUGUCCAGGCUGGUUUCUCUUUAUCUAAUCAGGUGCUUUUGGAUAAUAGAUAUUUAGAUCCCACCAGGAAUGAACUUGUGAAGCCAACUUUCUCUCAAGCUGAAAUCCUAGGAAGAAUUCAGGGGAAAAAAAACUGCUAAGAGAGUAGUGCCAUUUCCUUUUUUUAACCUUUUAGUUUGUAACAAAUGAAAACUAUUACUUGAAUUGCAGAAAUAUAUGGGGUUAGGUGUGUAUGUUUCGGGAAAGCGGGACUGGGGCGGGGUGGGAGGUUGGUUUAGUUCAAAGCAACUAACCAGAGAGGCUAAGGCUGUUUUUUUCCAUGUUACAGUCCAAAAUGUGAACCAAUUCAGUGGUUUGAUUCAGAAUUUUUCUUUUUUACAUGAAACUAAGUCCUAGUUUGCUACUGCUGACCGAAUGAAGUGUGUGCACGAAAAAAAGAGCCAAUUGAUCACUUGCAAGUUUUCUUGGAGGUAAGGAGAAAAAAAAAGACUUUAAAACUAGAGAAAAACAGCAAAUGCAUUGUUUAUUUUAUUGUACACUGGCUUAACUACUAUACUACUGUAACUUUAAAAAAGUGUAUGGAUUGUGUAUGAAUGUUGCCUGUUGGUGUGGGUUUGAGUAAUAUUGUAUGUGGGUGGUUCCCCUGGCAACACCCAAAAACCUGUUUUCCUCCUUCCCUGCAGCCCUUUAAAAAGCCUUAAGUAUUUGGUCCUUGGACUUUUCCUUGAACACAAGCAUGGUAUAGACAAUACAGAGAAGAGGAUGAGAACGACAGUGACACAACUGAACCGAAAAUGUUUUUUUUCGUUUUUUUUUUUUUUUUUAAACUGAAGUUAUAGUUGAACAGAAAAAAAAACUGAUUUAGAAUUUCCUAAAAUUAUUUAAAAAAAGAAAAAUAUUUUAACGUAAUUGCAUUUUAUAGCUAUGUGUAGUACUGGGCUGUAACAAAUGUCUUUUUCAAAAGUUUCAAAGCUUCAGGUUUGCAAUACGUGACUAUUUAUUACUUGAUUUGCUUGUUAUUUAAAUUGUUUUCUUUUAUUUUCUUUUCUUAUUUUUUAUUUUUAUUUUUAUUUUUUACACUUUUCUUUACUAUUGCUGCAAAAAGGAGUUGAAUCCUUGAGCCUUUCCUUCUGAGUGUUAGACCGUGGCUGUGUGGCAGACAAGACGAGACAGGAGUGUGGGAGUUGUGCUACUUUUUGUAAUAUUGUAAUAAUAAAAUAAAGUUCUAAUUUAUGCUUUGAAAA